AUGCGAAUUCGCUACUAUCGAUCGCAUGGAUACAUUGAAGACGAUGCUAAUGAUGAUGAUACUGAAUCAAAGACCGGCGAUAUUACCGAACAGUACAGUGAGGAGAGCACUGAAGGCGGCGUGGAAAUCGAUUUGGAAGCCAAGAACGACGAUGACGUCGAACAACAUCGGGAAGCGUGUAACGAGAACGUUGAAGAGAGCAUUGAAGACGGUGGUGAAGGCGAUUUGGAAGCCAAGAAUGUUGAGCAGGAGGAAAUUAAGGAGCAAACACCCACCGGAAGACUAGGGAACGUUGUGGCCUCCUACACUACGAUACACCGGAAUCUUCACGUUGAGAAAUUCCCGCUUCCGUAUGUUAAGUCAAGCUGGAACUUUGAUGAAGACGACAAGCCUGCGUUGUGCUUGUUUGAAACGACAGAUGGACGUGGAUUCGUAAAAAAACUUGAAGAAAUUCCUCGCCAGACCUUUGUGAUCGAGGUUUUGGGCGAAUUGAUUGAUGCAGAGACCAAAGAAACUUUAGGGGAUACUAAGUAUAUAUUUGAGAUAUUAGCAGGCGACAAGGACGAAUGCCCCGCGAUUGUGUACCAAGAGGUCCAUCUAUCGUUCGACGAGACGCCUGCGCGUCUGCAGUACCAGUACGAUGUAACUCUUCCCAAACCCAGCUCUAACAACGGUGUCACUGGGCCGACACUAUCCCCGUACGAGCGUAUGAGGCAGUUGCUGGUUUCCAGGACCGAAGAAGCCAGAGUUAUUGACACCGUGGACGUCGACUUGAAGAUCCACCUGACUGGGGCAGACAAACACAAGCCUGUGCGGAUUCGAAUGCGGUUAAUCUGGGUAUCAGAACACAUGCAUAACCCGUGGAAAUUUGCUCGGCUUCACUUUGUCGAUGCUAGUGCCCAGGAAAGCCUCGAGGAAAUGCUACAGGUCUUCCGUGAGCCCUACAAAGCCAAGUCUCAAGAGGUCGAUUCGCUGUUACAGACCGCCACUGUGUGA